AUGAAUUCAUUUAUUGCGGUCGUUCUUUUAGUAUGCGUCCUUGCAGUUGUUGAGGCAAGCUACAAUUACGCCCCUAAAUACAGCAAAUUCGGGUAUGUAGCCGCCAAGGUUGCUUCAGGCACUUGUCCAUACGGAUGGUCACUGUACCACGGCAGCUGUUAUUAUUUCAGCCGAGACAAACUCACAUGGUGGCAGGCAGAGAUGAGAUGUGCGUCCAUGGGAGGAUUCUUAUGUAAUGUGGAUGAAGCUCAUGAAAAUACAUACGUCAGACAUCAUCUGGCCAUGUAUGGAGUGUCCCCUGGAGCCUGGAUGUCCCUGAACGACUGUCUCUACCCUAACGCUCACAGAUGGAGAUGGGGAUUCACGAAAAGGCGAUGCCACAAGUUUGACUGGUACGGUAGUGAGCCCGUGUACCACAAAGAAGGGGACUGGAAUUGUGGAGUUUUCUGGCAGCAUUACAAAUACCACUGGCAUGUGGACAGCUGUUCUCAUAAGAACUACUAUGUCUGUGAGAUGAAACUGGGAAAACCUUGCAAGUGCCAAUAUUAAAUAUAGAGUCUUGUAUGCAAUAUUAAAAAUAAAAUUGG